AUGUUAAGCCCCCUUCCUGACCUCAACAUAGGUUCGGCAUCUGCCAUCCCGCAGGCGAACGACGUGGAGUAUCUCACGCCUGUGCAGAUUGGCACACCGCCGCAGACAGUGAUGCUCGACUUCGACACGGGCUCCUCGGACCUGUGGGUGUUCACAACGCAGACGCCGCAGCAGCAGUCCCAGGGCCACCAGCUGUAUAACCCGGACUCCAGCUCGACGGCGUCCCAGGUCGCCAAUGCCGAGUUCCAGAUUCAAUACGGUGACGGGAGCGGCGCGUCGGGCACCGUCUUUCGGGAUGUCGUCACUGUCGGCGGUGUGAGCGUGCAGGAUCAGGCUGUCGAGGGCGCCACGAUGGUGACUGGUUCUUUCACCGAGGACCAGGCGACGUCAGGACUGCUGGGCCUAGCCAUGGACAGCAUCAACCAGGUGACCGACGGUGGCACGACGCCUAACCCGCAAAAGACCUUCUUCUCCAACGCCAUGGGGAACCUGGCCAUGCCGCUGUUUACUGCCAACCUGAAGCAAGGCACCACUGGCAACUACAACUUCGGCUUUGUCGACGAGUCCGAAUUUACAGGCAGUGUCAACUUCGUCGCCGUUAACAGCAGCCAGGGCUUCUGGCAGUUCGCGGCCAGCGGGUUCGCAGUCGGCCAGGGCGCAGCAACGGCGCUCCCACACCAGGCCAUCGCCGACACCGGCACAACGCUCAUGCUGAUGCCCGACGAGGCGGUCGAGGCGUACUACCAACAGAUCCCCUCGGCGCAGAAUAGCCAGCAGCAAGGCGGGGUCGUGUUCAACUGCAACGACACCAUCCCUUCAUUCACGGCCGUCAUCAGCGGGUACCAGGCCGUCGUCCCUGGCGACAUCAUCAAGUUUGCGCCCGUCACUGGCGACUCGACGGAGACCUCAGAGCUGUGCUUUGGGGGCAUCCAGAGCAACAGCGGCUUGGGGUUUGCCAUCUAUGGUGACAUCUUCCUCAAGGCACAGUUCACUGUGUUUGAUGGUGGGAAUAUGCGCAUUGGCUUUGCCGCCAAGUCGGAUGGAAAUUUCUAG